CCCACUUUUUAUUUUCCCCCGCCCUUUCUGCUAUACGAGGCCAUUGCCUUGCGUUUCCAAGUAUAAAAAGCCCUGGAACGAUGGUUGUAAGGCAUCAGUAGACAGUCGUCAAUCCUGAUAGACAGUCGCUGUAUAACAUCAUGAGUCGUCGUAUCCUGUUGAGUCUGUGCGUCCUGGUUGCCGUGUUGGCCCUCGUCAGCGUCGCGGAAGCCGCUCGUGAACGUCGCCAACUUGUCAACGCCAUUCUGGGAGCAGCUUUGGGCUCUCCCGGCUACGGCUACGGGCAACAGUACGGAGGUUACGGUCAUCAAGGCUACGGAAAUUACGGAGGCUACGGUGGACGUCCCAGUGGAUAUGGUGGAUAUGGUGGAUACUCUGGAUACAAUCAGGGAUAUGGCAAUUAUGGUGGCCGUCCAAGUGGCUACGGUGGAUACGGAAACCAGGGCUACUACGGUGGAUACGGUGGAUACGGUGGAAGGCCCACCUAUGGUUAAUUUCUAUCACCAUGACGAUAUUAAAUGUAUGUUCGUAUACUGUAAGUUUGUUGCCGUUACAAGUCCGAUCCCUUAAUUAUUCGUCAUCCCGCUACUCCUUGCAUGAUCAAAACAACAGCAAAACACAAGAGGCAGGAUGUGUCUCCCACCUGUUAUGCGCACAUAAGAAACACGUUGUCGAUUCUGACGUACAAAACAAAAUAAAUGAAGGCUGUGCCCUUUUUAAAUAAUUAAA